CCAUUUCAAAUCUGUCUCUCUCUCUCUCUCUCUCCCCAUAAUUAACAUGCAUGCUCAACAAAUUCACUUCAACCACUUUUUCAAAUCUCUUGUCCCUCCCCCUCCAAGAACAUUAUAAAUCAAUAACGUUGUUACAGCCAGCACCAUCCAUCAAGCACAAAAGAACAAGAGCUUGAGCUGGAGCUCCUAGCAUAGUACCAUGGCCGCCAUUGCUGCAAUUCUGAGCUCACUGAUUGUCUUCUCACUCGCUGCUCUGGGAAACGCGCUGAGUAUGAAUUACUACCAAAAGACAUGCCCCAAUGUCGAUGCAAUCGUCACAAAAGCAGUCAAAAGCGCCAUGGCACAGGACAAGACAGUGCCGGCUGCGCUGCUCAGGAUGCAUUUCCAUGAUUGUUUCAUCAGGGGAUGUGAUGCUUCUGUGCUGUUAAGUUCAAAAGGGAAGAACACUGCGGAGAAAGACGGGCCGCCUAAUGUUUCUCUGCAUGCCUUUUUCGUCAUUGACAAUGCCAAGAAAGAACUAGAAGCAUCCUGCCCCGGUGUGGUUUCUUGUGCUGACAUCUUGGCUUUAUCUGCCAGGGAUGCAGUCAUGUUGACUGGAGGACCUUAUUGGGCUGUGCCUAAAGGAAGAAAAGAUGGAAGAACAUCAAAGGCGAGUGAAACAAUACAAUUGCCAGCUCCCACCUUCAAUUUUUCUCAGCUUCAGAAGAGCUUCAACCAAAGAGGUCUCUCCUUGGACGACCUAGUUGCCCUCUCAGGUGGUCACACUCUGGGCUUUGCUCAUUGUUCAUCAUUCCAGAACAGAAUCCGCAACUUCAGCCCCACGCAUGAAAUUGACCCUUCAAUUCACCCAUCCUUUGCAGCAAGCUUGAAGAGCGUUUGCCCGGCUCACAACGCCGCCAAGAAUGCUGGCGCCAACAUGGAUCCUUCUUCAACAACCUUUGACAACAAUUACUACAAGCUAAUCAUGCAAAGGAAAGCCCUAUUCACUUCAGAUCAAGCUUUGAUUGAUUUUCCAAAGACAAAGGGUCUAGUAUCCAAGUUUGCUACCUCAAGGGCAGCUUUCUACAAGGCCUUUGUGAACUCCAUGAUCAAGAUGAGCAGCCUCACAGGAGGUCAGGAGGUCAGAAGGAACUGCAGGGUGGUCAAUUAGUAAACUCAAUCAUAUUCCUUCUAUUCUUAAAGUUUAUUUAGCUGGAGUGUAAUAAUAGUUAUGUUGUGUCCUUCGUUUGAGAACCAUAAAUCAAGUGGCUGCCUCAAUGUAACAAAGUCAAAGCAGUAUAAUAUGAAAUGUAUGUAGAUGUUCUUAGCGCUAGCUUCCAA